AUGACAGGAAUAGGCUCUUCAUGUGGAGCAUGCAAGUUCCUGAGGAGAAAAUGCACCGCUGAAUGUGUAUUUGCUCCUUACUUCUGUUAUGACCAGGCUGCAGCCCACUUUGCAGCAGUGCACAAGGUAUUCGGUGCAAGUAAUGUUUCCAAGCUAUUAUUACACCUACCAGUACACAACCGCCGUGAUGCAGCAAACUCCAUUUCUUACGAAGCAAUAGCCCGAGUACGGGAUCCCAUAUAUGGUUGUGUUGGUGAUAUAUUUGCUCUCCAGCAACAGGUUGCUAGCUUACUAGAGGAGAUAGAAGUCAUUGGAAACCAAAUGGCUAAUCUCGCAGUUGGUGUUGCUAAUUGUGGAAGUUCCCCAGCAACUACUAACCUAUACAAUGGUUUACAAUUCUCUUCACAACAUGAUGUCAUGAGCCCAUUCUCCUCACAACAUGAUGUCUUAAGCACACAGUAUUAUCAAAAUCAACAAGCUCCACUACUUUUCCAUGCAGGAAGUACAGCUGCCAACCAAGGCUUUGACAGCCAGAUGGAUGUCCAGCUCCCUCCUUUAUAUGGAUGGGAAAACCAAAAUUUAUUUGAUGACUCUGGCUUGAAUCCCUCAGGAAAACUCCUGGAGGGAAUAGAUGAAGAUAACUUCAAAUGUUAUCCAUGGUUGUACAACUGUACUAAUGCCAAAAAUUGA